AUGGACGUGAGAAUCGGCUACCGAAAAAUCGACGGAUUCCUCGUUGUCUGUCUACAUGCCACAUCCACACUUUCAGUGUUCGCAUAUAAAUCCAAAUGGUGGCAAGUAAUCGUGCGUCAACCGGAAUUGGACACCUUGGCUGGUCGAAUCAAAUCGACCGCAGAUCAAUACGUGAACAAGUUAUUCGACGCAUUGGCUAAUCAGGAAGAGGAAAAAGUGUUCUCGGUGCGGGACGAAACGUCCGGAUCGAUAAAGCUCACGUGGUCUAAGGAAGCUAAAAAGGGAAUGCAGAUCAAUUUCGGGAGCUUUGCUCUCGACCCGGUCAAUACCACGGAGGGAAAGGGAUCGAAAGAAUUAGAUCAACUUUUAAGCCAAAUUCUUGGCCAAUGGGGUGCAUUUCAGUCACGUUGUCAAGAGUUAGAACUAGAUAACAAAAGACUGCAUGAACUUGGCUCGGAAGCUGUCGAGAGGUAUGAAAAACUGGUUUCUGAGAUGCAAAAACGGGAGUUUGCUAUUCUGAACAACUGCGCUCAACUGUUGAAUGAAAAGAAGCGAAAAAUCAACUCGUUGAUGACAAGUUGUGAAAAGAUUGAUAUGAACGGAAAGCGCGUAUCUCGGGAAACUGUGGUGACCAACGUCAGCGGAGAAUCAGCUUCUUCCUCGCACAGUGAUACUGAGAAAUCUGUGGCAUUGGAUGAUGAUGAUAAUGACAGUGGAAAAGAAGAAGCAUACGAGGGAAAUGUAGAUGAAGACGAAGAGGAUGAUCUACUUCCCAAAGUCCGAAGAACACAAAAGUUGUUCUCUGCAAGAAAAUCGCGUGGGUCUUCAGUCACUUCCAGGUAA